UUCACCAUGAGAACUGGCUGGAGAAAAACCCAUGGAAGUGCGUGGGUCCCAACCCCGAGGCUGCGUCUGCUGAGUUUCUAACCCUCAACCUAGUCCACACUGAGCCGCUAGGAAUUGGUCACUUACAGUCUGAGGGUUUCUUCCAGUACUGGCUCCUGCACUCAGGCUUCUGUUCCUAGGCUUCUCCUCCAGGACAAGCAAAAUGAUCUCAAUGAAUGAGACUGAAAGUGAAGCUGAGGUCCUUGGGACCACAACCUUCGACUACGAGUGGGCAAUGCCAUGUGAAAAACUCAAUAUCAAGGACCUGGGGGCCCAGUUCUUGCCCCCACUGUAUUCCCUGGUGUUCAUCGUGGGCCUGCUGGGCAAUGUGGUGGUGGUGGUGAUACUCGCAAAAUACAGGAGGCUCAAAAUUAUGACCAACAUCUACCUGCUCAACUUGGCAAUUUCUGACUUGCUCUCUUUAUUCACUCUCCCAUUCUGGAUUCACUAUGUUGGAUGGAAUGAGUGGGUUUUUGGCCAUUUCAUGUGUAAGCUCCUCUCUGGGCUUUAUUACAUGGGCUUGUACAGUGAGAUCUUUUUCAUCAUCCUGCUGACGAUCGAUAGGUACCUGGCCAUUGUCCACGCGGUGCUCUCCCUGCGGGCCCGGACCGUCACCAUUGGUAUCCUCACCAGCGUGGUCACCUGGGUCCUAGCAGGGCUAGCAGCCCUCCCUGAAUUUCUCUUCCGUGAGUUGGAAAAGGAGGAUGGACAAUUCAUGUGCAAUUCUUUUUACCCAGAAGAUGAAACAGAAGCCUGGAAGAGUUUCCAUGCUCUGAGAAUGAAUAUCUUGGGUCUCGUGUUGCCUCUGCUCAUUAUGGCUGUAUGCUACUCAGGAAUCAUUAAGACACUGCUGAAAUGCCGCAAUAAAAAAAAGUACAAGGCUAUCCGGCUCAUUUUUGUCAUCAUGGUGGUCUUUUUCAUUUUCUGGACCCCCUACCACCUGGUUCUCCUCCUCUCUGCUUUUCAAAUCGUCUUCCUUGAGAGCAACUGUGAGCAGAGCAAACAGCUCGACCUGGCCUUGCUGGUGACGGAGGUGAUCGCCUACACGCACUGCUGCGUCAAUCCCGUGAUCUACGCCUUUGUUGGUGAGAGGUUCCGGAAGUUCCUCCGCCACUUUCUCCACAAGCACGUGGCCGUCUAUCUGGGCAAAUACUUUCCAUUCCUUCCUAGUGAGAAACUGGAAAGAGCCAGCUCUGUCUCCCCGUCAGCAGGGGAGCAGGAACUCUCUGCAGUAUUUUAGGUCAGAUGCAGAAAGUUGCCUAAAGAAGAUGGACUGGGUGGAUGAAACAGGCACAUGGCCAACCACUUUGACUUCUAGACCAGUCCUUUGAACCCCUAAUGCAAUACUGAAGCUCUUGAAGACAUUGAACUAUAUACACACUGGUGGUAGCAUGUAAGUGCACCCUAAGAGUGUUUUCCAGAGGUCAAGGGCUGGGCAGUUUACUUUUCCUCAACCCUGAAAAGCAGAGCUUUGCUUGAUUCUCUGAAGAGUUGCAUAAAUUU